GCUGAGCUCACACAUUACAACGCUGCAUUGGAGAGCGUAUCUCGAACCCCCCGCAAACGCACACGACAGCAGCUGCAACCUUGCCUACAAGCUGGCGUGAGGAGGGGAGGGGUGCAUCGAUUCUCCCCAUCGCCUCAGCUAAGAACCCAGAUAUGGAAACAACGGCAUUGCGGGACUAGUUGUGCGUCCUCGCUCGGGCAACUUGACUGGAACUUCUACCACAAAACACUGAAUCACAUUGCAGUUAUGUCUCACCGUUCGUAGGUAUGAGCAGGCAAAACGACCUGUAUUUGCACUACUUUUGUUUUUCUCGUUUUUACCGACUUUAGUGUCUUUAGUGCGUCGCGUUUAAAUACGUCGCAGUCUACCUCUGUAGGGUGAAAAAAGCUAGUUGCUGCGAAAAGUGACCGGAUGCUACCUCACGUAGGCGACACCUGGAUUUGCUGCAUCUGCAAUGAUCGGAGCGUGACUCCUUAAAGACGAGCAGAGUGUCAGUGUUGUUUGCGUUUGCGUUUUUACCUAACAAUUUAAUUCGUCUACAAGACUGUGCUUCCAUCAGCAUGGAGUUGAUCAGGUUCAGGACCCUGGACAGCGUUGGAGUUUUCCUCUGUUUUCUAUGGUUACUGUCAAAGGUUUUGUCGGAACAAGAAGUUGAAAACCUGUCGGGGCUAUCAGCAAACCCCGACAAAGACAUUUUUGUCGUGCGUGAAAAUGGGACAACUUGCUUAAUGGCGGAAUUUGCGGUUAGAUUUUUAGUCCCAUAUGACGUCCUUGCACUGAAUGGCAUAGACUUAAUUACAGAACAGGCAACACUUGCACUUCCCCGUGGGGCUGAGAUAGAGGGGAAAUGCGGAAACACAGAUGCCGAGCUCUACGUUUCUUGGAUGAAUAACGCCUACACCUUUCGCAUCUACUUUUCAAAGGAGAAACGCACCGUGGGAAGCGAUGGUAAAGAAAAGGAAACUGAAAUAUGGAAGAUCAACAAGGUUCAGCUGGUUUAUGACACAUCUGAGUCAUCGCAUUUCAUCAACGCAUACAACCCGACUUCACGGGCAUCUUUGCUGUGGUCAGCGGGGAAACGCACUGCCAGCACCCACCGCCUGUCGGCACUUGUGACUCCAGCCGGCCGAUCGUACGUGUGCACAGCUCAGCAGACCCUCACGCUCCUUUCCAGUGACCACCAGAAGGGCAUUACCAUUUCCAUGUCUGACAUCCAAAUCCAGCCUUUUGACAUCAAGAGUGACUUUGUGUUCAGUGAACCAUACAAGUGCAUGACAGACCAGCGAGAGCAGCUGGAGGAGACUCUGCCUCUGGUGUUGGGCCUCAUCCUGGGCCUCAUCAUCGUCAUCACCGUCACUAUCUACCACUUCCACCUGAAACUGACCGCGCCCCAAUCCCAGCUGCCCCGGGACCGUUCCCUCUACAAGAACAUGUAAAGACACUUGCACCAUGGACCCUGCCUGGCCCCAGGGGAACAGCUCUGAUACUUGACACACUUUGUCCUAAAAUCCCGGGACCUUCUGAGUUGUUCCAUCCUCUGUGACUAUUAGAAAAUACGUUGACCAUCAUGUCUUGCAUUUGCCAUUCAUGUCUGUUUUGUUUGUAGAAUUAUUUAUGGUUUUGCACAUGUACAAUAUCUUGUUAAAAUGUUACAUGGAAAAGAAAGAAAAUCACAUUUGACACAUUGAUUGAAUAUAUCAUGUUGUGUGCUGUAAGAAUAUCAAUGUACUAAACUGAAGCUACUUCAGUUCUAUUAAAGUAUAUACAAAAAUAUAGAUAUUUUAUUAUGACAUAUGGCUGAAGCUAGAGUGAAAUCAUGGCAAAAUUGUUUUGUCAAAUUCUACUUAAGAAUAAAUUAUUUUAUGUGUGUCCAUUUCAA